AUGUCAAAUCUUCCAAAAAUUGAGGUGCCUAAGCUCUUAGGUAUUGAAAACUAUACUACAUGGUCAAUUAGGGCUUAUGCCUUAUUGAUUAAGGAAGAUCUAGGGUUUGAUACCCUAGACCCUGAUGGGACAAUAUCAGAUGAAACCAAUAUCACCCCUGCUAAGAACAGGAAGGCACUAGCUAUUAUUAAGCUACUAUGUGAUGAUAAUCCUCUAUUAUAUAUAAAGGAUGAAACUAGUGCUAUUCAGGCAUGGAAUACCCUAAAGGAGUUAUUCAACCCUAAAGGUUUUACCACUGAAUUCCUGGUGUUAAAAGAAUUCUUUAAUACCACUUUGGGUGAUUUUGAUACUAUGGAGCAAUACCUUAAUAAGGUAAAAUUGCUUAUCAAUGACCUUAAAUCUAAGGAUAUUAUACUACCUAAUCAGGUAGUUAUUGCCUGGAUUUUAAAUAGUUUGGAUGAAGACUAUUCAGGCUUCAUACAAAAUAUUACACAAUCUCUACGCAAUGAUCCUAAGGCAUAUACUAUUGAUUCAUUGAUUAAAUCACUUAUUGAUGAAUCACGUGGCAAAGAUGAUAAUGCUAUUUAUAGUAUUAAUAACUCUUUCUACAAACAAAACAACAAAAACAACAAAAUAAGCAAAAAUAACAAACAAAACAAACAAAACAAAAAACCAUGGAAGAAACAACCUUUGAGUGGAAAAUUUUGCAAAAAUUGUCAUAAAACCAAUCAUAAUGUCGAUGAUUGCUACUUCUUAUAUCCUAAGAAGCGUCCUGAUUGGUGGAAAUCAAAUGAUACAGACGAUACAGACGAUACAAACAAUACAAACAAUAUAAAUCAAACAAACAAAAAACAGCAAAAACAACAAGAUAUUGCUAUUGUUAAUGCUAUUCUCUCUGAUUCAGAUGACCUUGACACUAUACCUAUUCAGGAUAUUGAUAUGGAAAUCGAUAAUCUCCUAUUGGACCUGGACAAUGAUGUGAGUGUCAAUAAUACCCCAAAAAAAUGA